AUGUCGACCUCUUCCCUCAUCCGCGUCGCCGCCCGCGGCUCGACCACCUUCUUCCGUGCGAACCCCAUCCGUUCCAGCCAGCCUCUGAUGGCCCGCUCCGCCGUCCUCCUGCCCACCAUCGUCGCCGGCGUCCCUGCCGCCAACAACUUCAGCACCAGCGCCCGCCUGCGCUCCGGUGACCACGCCGAGGAGACCUUUGAGGAGUUCAGCGCGAGAUUCGAGAAGGAAUUCGAUGGCGUCCAGGACGUUUUCGAGCUUCAGUUCGGCAAAAGUGGUCUGAUGGGAGAAACACACCGAAGGCUGACUCUUGCACGCACAACACAACAGCGCAACCUCAACAACGCCUUCGCCUACGACUUGGUCCCCUCCCCCGCCGUUGUCGCCGCCGCCCUCAAGGCUGCCCGCCGCGUCAACGACUUCGCUACCGCCGUCCGCAUCUUCGAGGGCAUCAAGGCCAAGGUCGAGAACAAGGGCCAGUACGAGCAGUACCUCGAGGAGCUCAAGCCCCUGAGGGAAGAGCUCGGCGUCCCUCUGAAGGAGGACAUCUACCCCGAGGAGAAGCACUAA